UUGACUGAUGAAUUUUAUUUUAAUUCAUCAUGGUUUAUGGCACCUCAGCAGUCCCCGGUACAAAGUCUAUCGACUCCAAACCCCGAAAGAAGUUUGCAAAACCGCCUGUGAAAGUAGCUUGUUUAUCAUGUCGUGCCUCAAGAACGCGCUGUGAUGGUCAAGAUCCUUGCGUCAACUGUCAGAGCAAGCAAAGAACGUGCUCGUAUAUCCCCAGUAAGCGAGGCGGCCCCAGGCCCAGAAAGAAAAAGGCCUUUCCUGUGGAAGCCACCGUUCACGAGGAUGAUGUCCAAAAAACAAUCACCCCGUUGACUCCUGGCUUGGAGGACAUGGCAACACCGGUCAAGCUCGAGUUGAACCGACACCAUCAUUAUCACCGUCCAGCGUCUCAUCGCCAUCCGUGGUCAGGACGUAUGGCAGUGAACAUGACAUGUGGGCUGUACUUCUCCAGUAUAUGUGAUUGUGCUGACGGUGGAAUCAGCCUGAAUGCGUACUACGAUUUCAUUCAUAACUAUUUUCCCAUCCUGCCACCAAGGGUAGGGCCAGCCUAUAUCGACAGCCCCUUGGAUUGCAUUGAGCCUUACUCCGAGUCUCCUGAGGAGCCAGUCAUCGCCUAUCAGCCGGGUUCUCCGCUCAGUCUGGCCAUAUCCGCCAUUUUAGCAUUGAUACCACAUCCAAAUGAUCCGGAGCCGUCUUCACCUCGCUCAGUCAUACGACGGCGGGCAUACGCGCACAAGUUUGCGCAGAUGGCCAAUGCCGGAGUCGAAUCUGACUGCGAGCUUCAUGCUUCCCCUACGAACCCCUUUGAAACAACGUUCAAGGGCCGCCCUCGCAUCAACCGAGAACGCUUUCAUCCUCAUACCCCAGUUGAGCUCGAGAGUAUCCUUGCAUUACUGCUGCUUACUGUGUAUGAAUACACCCAGCGCGGAAACCUUCUGAAGAUGAGGUACCGUGCUGGGCAAGCUUUAGCAAUAGCACUGGAUAUGUCACUGCAUACCCUUGGCGAAGAGUACGAUGAAAUGGCAGAAGCCCGAAGAAGGGCUUGGUGGAUGACAUACUACUGCGUCCUCCAGGGAUCGAUCGUGAGCACAACGUCUCUGUCAAUUGAUGCCAACGAUUCGCAAUUUGUAACGCCUUACCCCAGGUUCGCCGCUGAUCCAAAUGUAUGUUUUCCUGCUAGAUAUCUCAUGCGCAAUUCUAAUUGGUUAUCCUCUCAGGGCUGGUCCAUAUUCAUCCAAUCCCAGCAAAUACUGGUAGCUGCCACACAAUUUGUUAUCGACGUCAAGAAGUGGAUCCCAACGAGGACAAAUAUGCCAUACAUUGUAGAAAGCAUGCAGCGACUUGACACAUGGGCCAGCGCGCUAUUGGCUCGGUCGAGCUUACCCCCUUCAGUUGCCCAGUCUGGCAACAGCAGCGGUAUCUCGGAGCGAAUUACAGCGCAGAGUAUCCGUACAAUUGCACGGAUAAAAAUAUCCAGGCAUUGUGAUCUUAGCAAGGCAAAUGCUUGUGACGACCCGGUUCCAGAAUGUGCUGCCGAAAGCCCAGAGCAUCCGAAUGAGAUUUCAAGCGUCGGCUGCUCCUGUAGCAGUUUGGACAAAUUCCAACAGUCCUCUUCAAGCGAGUAUACACGGUCAACCUCUACAUCUUCAUCAGCAUCUGAGUUCCAGCCCUUACUGCCUCAAUAUUCCUUCAUUAGCGAGCUCCCUUAUACCAGUCAGCAUUCAGCCAGAGUCUGCCUGAAAGCAUCCUUGUUAAUCUCACACAUGUUCGAUUCUCUACCCAUACCCCUGCCACUCAGCGACAGCAACAACCCUCCUCGAGUCCUGCAGUCACUACCACGGAGGCAAUACCCCAGAACUAUGCCCUCCUUCGCGUGUUGCAUGAUGCAGGGCAGCUAUGCUUUACUCAUGAUCUUCUACCAGGCGAAUUUAGUGAAGAGUGCUCAGGCUGAACCUGGAAACAGCAGUAGCACCAGCACAAGUAGCAGUCAAGACGGUUAUUCGUUAGACAGCUUCACUGAAGAGCUUCGUCAAGGCCUAGAGCGGCUAAUAGGUGCCGCAUCUAAUUAUGCAAUAUCAUACGAGGCGUUGACUGGAAUGAGAGAUGACAUCGAAGGUGCAUAUCAAACGGCGUUCUUUCAGGGGUGA